UCGCCGUUUCGCGUGAGCCAAGCGCAUCGCCUUUCUGCCCAAACUCUCUCUCCGUUUCUUUCUCUCUCUAUCUUUUCCUUUUUUGUUACCCGUUUCUCUCUCAUCAUCGCGAUUCGUUCGCACCAAAUCUCUGGAUUUUCGCUAUUUCCAGAGCGAUCGAUCUCGAUGACACGAACAGAACCCGAAGAACCCUUCCUUUCUCUGCGCCAAUAAUUCGGAGAAAAAGAGGGAAAAGAGAAAAAGAAAAAAUUUCUUCGCCACUUAAGCCCUAAAAAAGCCCUUACUUCUUCUUCUGCUUCCUUCGAUCGGUUUCCCUUUUUGCCAUGGCGGAUUGGAGGAGGAGAUCUGCGAGGACGAGCUUGAUCUAGGGUUUUUUUUCCUCCGAUUGUUCGAAUCUAGGGUUUGGAGGUGUGGGAAUUCGAUUUCGAAUUGAUGUUUCUUUUCAGGGACGAAGCUUGGAUCGACUCGGAAGAUGGAGGAUUAUGCAUGGGUUCGGUGGUGAGGAGUGGAAACAGAGCCGGCACAUGUGGCCUGUACCUGACAACGCGACCACUGUAGCGCCCGAUUCUUCACCGUCUGAAUUUAUAUGCAAAGAUGGACGCAAGAUUCGUGUUGGUGAUUGUGCACUUUUCAAGCCACCCCUGGAUUCCCCUCCUUUUAUAGGAAUAAUUCGCAAGUUAACCUUUGAUAAAGAAGAAAGUCCAAUUUUAGAAGUUAAUUGGCUUUACCGACCUGCUGAUUUGAAGCUUGCUAAAGGGAUUGUAGCUGCCCCAAACGAAGUCUUCUACUCCUUUCACAAGGAUGAAACACCUGCUGCAUCAUUAUUGCAUCCGUGUAAAGUCGCAUUUCUUCAUAAAGGUGUUGAACUUCCUUCAGGGAUAUCCGCAUUUGUCUGUAGACGAGUGUAUGACAUUGACCACAAUUGUUUAUGGUGGCUAACUGAUAAGGACUACAUUAAUGAACGACAGGAAGAAGUUGACCAGCUAUUAGACAAGACAAAACUAGAAAUGCAUGGGGCAGUGCAGUCAGGAGGCCGUUCUCCAAAACCAUUGAAUGGUCCAACAUCAACAACACAGUCAUUGAAAUCUGGUUCUGAUAACGUUCAAAAUAGUUCUUCCUUUGGUGCACAGGGUAAGGGAAAAAAGAGAGAGCGGGGUGAUCAGGGGUCUGAUUCAUCUAAAAAAGAGCGGUUAUUUAAGGUAGAAGGUGGAGAUUCUGGUCAAUUUAAACUGGAGAGCAUGUUAAAGUCUGAGAUUGCUAAAAUUACUGAUAAAGGUGGGCUUGUGGACUUUGAAGGAGUUGAAAGAUUGGUACAGCUCAUGCAACCUGAAAGUGCUGAUAAAAAAAUAGAUUUGGCUGGGCGAAUAAUGCUUGUUGAUGUAAUAGCACUUACGGAACGGGAUGAAUGUCUUGGAUGGUUUGUCCAGCUCAGGGGUUUGCCUGUGUUGGAUGAAUGGCUUCAGGAGGUCCAUAAGGGCAAAAUUGGCGAUGGUAAUAUGCCUAAAGAAAGUGAUAAGUCUGUUGAAGAAUUUUUGUUAGCUUUACUUCGUGCAUUGGAUAAGCUUCCUGUGAACCUUCAUGCACUACAAUCCUGUAAUGUUGGAAAAUCUGUUAAUCAUUUACGCACCCACAAAAAUUCUGAUAUUCAGAAGAAAGCUAGGGGUUUAGUAGACACAUGGAAGAGACGCGUGGAGCAUGAAAUGAAUAUGACUGAUUCAAAAUCUGGUUCAACCCGUGCUGUUUCUUGGCCCGCAAAACCAGCUUCUGAUGUUUCUCACCUUGGAAAUAGGAAAACAGGAGGGUCCUCUGAGAGUGUUGCAAAGAGCUCUGCAAUUCAAUCCUCAGCGUCUAAAACUUCCCAAGCUAAGCUUAAUCCUGGAGAAGCACUGACCAAGUCCUCUUCAUCACCUGGCCCAAUUAAAUCAAUGACUACCACAGGGAACAGUAACUCAAAAGAUCAAAACAUUAAAGUCUUGGUUGGAGCUUCUACGUCAGAUCUUCCAUUGACUCCUAUCAAAGAGGAGAGGAGCAGCAGUUCUAGUCAAUCUCAAAACAACAGCUUAUCUUGUUCUAGUGAACAUGCAAAAACUUUUGGUUCUUGUAGGGAAGAUGCAAAGAGCUCUACUGCUGUGUCGAUGACUGUGAGCAAAAUCACUGGUAGUGCAUCUCGAACUCGGAAGUCAAGCAAUGGUCUUCAUGGGGCUAGCAUUACUGUGGUUCAGAAGGAACAUGGCUCUGCAAAAAAUUCAACUAGAAAUUCACCUUCCGAUAAAGUUUCACCAUCUCAGUUGUCCCAAGAAAAAUCGCCUGAUCGGGCCCUUACCGAUCAAGGGAAUAAUCAGCGACUGAUUCUCAGGUUACCAAAUACGGGUCGCAGUCCUUCAAGGGGAGCUAGCGGGUCCUCUUUUGAAGAGUCUGCCAUUCCAUGCGGGAAGGCUUCACCUUCUGCUGACAAGAAUGAGAAUCAGGACAGAAGAGUGAAAGCUAAAUCUGAUUGUUUGCAGACUCAUGUUGCGUCAAAUAUAGUAAAUGAUGCAUGCGAUGCAAAUGAAAAUUUGUCGGGUUGUGAUGAAGGUAAGGGCUCUCCUAUUGGUGAUGAGCGGUGCAGGGCUAAUGAAGAUGGUGAUAAAGUUGCAGAAGCAUUGAAACCAACUAGUUCUCCAUCUGGAUUUGUUUCCAGAUCAGGGCAGACUUAUGAUGCUUCUUUAAGCCCCAUGAAUGCAUUAGUUGAAAGCUGUGUGAAAUUUUCUGAAGCAAGUGCCUCUGUGUCCCCUGGAGAUGAUGGGAUGAACCUACUUGCUACUGUGGCUGCAGGAGAAAUAUCCAGAUCUGGAAAUGUCUCUCCUCUGGCUUCACCAGAGAGGAAGUCUUCCACUGCAGAUGAAUCAAGAUCAGGCAACGAUGGCAAGUUAAAACAUUUUUCUGAAGCAGCUGUUCACUCUGUCGCACAAUCUGACGAUGGGGCUAUUGCAGAGCAUCCUUUGAGUACUGUUGAUCCAUUGCAAUUCAAGAAUGAUUCAAGGCAUCCUAUCGCGACAAUAUCACAUGAUUUCUCUGGAGAUGGUGAAGGCAUUUCAUCCAGUUGUAUAGAUAAAGCUGGUGAUGGCAGAACUCAAAUGAAUUUCUCCGCUACGGAUUUGUUGCAGAAUGCUGAAGGUCCAUGCUUAUGGCCUGAAACUAGAGAGGAUGCUUCUGAAUCUAUAUUGCCUUCUAUGAAGGAGAGUCAUGUAGAAUCUGGAGGAGCGAACCUUUUCCAUGAGCAAACGGAAUUGGGAAGUCAAUGGGCUAAAGGCAGUUGUUCAGACUCUAAAUUAAAGCCAAGGACUUCCUCUUUGGAUGAUGAUCAGAAGGCUGAACACAUAGAUGAGGGAAUUACGGAUAAAGAGAAAAUGUCGGUUUCGAAAGAUGUUGCAAGUGUAAAGAUCCAAAAGGAAGUAGGUGAAAAAUCAACUGAGUUAUCUUCGGUGGUAGGUAAUGAGAACCAGAUUAAUGAAGAGAAAGUGUCAGGUCCUGGUAUAUCAGUGCAAAAGGCCUCUUCAGUUGCAGAAAACUGCGAGUCUACAGAUAUAAAAAAGGAGGAUGUGACAUCACCUGCUUCUGGUAAUGCUUUGAUGGUAUCCAAGAAUGAGAAGGCUGAUGACAUGAACUUAGUUGAGAUUGAGCCUGAUGAAAAACGAAUGGAUCUGGAUUCGGCAGUUUCAGAUGGUGUUAGUGAAUGUGUUGAAGAGAAUUUGGGUAAAAAAGAGGCUAUUUGUCCCUGUUCUGGCUCAUCAUUUCAACCAGAGUUGCCAACAUUUCCUGGGAAAGAGAAUGCAGUGCCUAAAACAUCUGAUUGUAACCUAGAUGGAAUUGAAUCUGAGGUUGCAGAAGAGCGGCAUGCAUGCCUUGCGGCUGGGUCCGAUGCAGCAGUAAAACUGGACUUUGAUUUAAAUGAGGGCUUUCCUCCUGUUGAUGAUGUAAGCCAAGGGGAGAUUGUUAGACAGGUAGACCCUAUCACAUCAUCUGGAGUUCAUGUUCCUUGUCCAUUGCCUUUUCCCAUUUCCUCCAUCUCUAGUGGCUUCCAUGCUUCAAUUACAGUGGCAUCCGCUGCCAAAGGGCCGGUUGUUCCCCCAGAAAACCCAUUGCGUAGCAAGGGGGAACUUGGAUGGAAAGGGUCAGCUGCUACAAGUGCAUUUCGGCCAGCUGAACCUAGGAAAAAUGCUGAGACACCAUCAAAUACUAGUGAUAUUCCUUCUGUUGAUGCCACUUCUAUCAAGCAAGGCCGCCCUCCUUUAGAUUUUGAUUUGAAUGUGGCAGAUGAAAGAAGUUUUGAAGAUGUAGUUUCCCGUGGUCCUUUAGAAUCUGCACCACCUGAUCGUGGCACUGUGGGGCUAGAUCUUGAUUUAAACAGAGUUGAUGAGACUCUUGAAGCCGGGUCUUUCUCUAUGUGCAAAGUGGAUUUUCCUUCAUUAUCAAGUAAGCCUUCAUUGUCCAGUGGGUUAUCUAAUGGUGGAAGUGUCUCGAGAGACUUUGAUUUGAAUAAUGGACCUGGCAUUGAUGAAAUUGGAACUGAAGUCCCACUGCGUAGUCAGCAGAUGAAAAGUGCGGUACCAUAUCCAUCUGCUGUUCAUGGCACAAGAACAAAUAAUGCUGAAUUUGGAAAUUAUUCUUCAUGGUUUCCUCCAGGCAAUUCUUAUUCUGCAAUUACUGUCCCGCCACUUCUGCCUGGUAGGGGGGAGCAGAGUUAUGUUGCUGGUGCCGGGGCACAGCGGAUCAUGGGUCCUGCUGGUAGCUCACCGUUUGGUCCUGAAAUCUACAGGGGCCCAGUGCUUUCAUCCUCUCCAGCUGUUGCUUAUCCACCUACUACACCCUUUCCAUAUCCAGGAUUUCCAUUUGACACCAAUUUUCCAUUAUCUUCAAACUCCUUUUCUGGUUGUUCAACAGCAUUUAUGGAUUCGUCAGCUGUGGGUGGGCUUUGCUUUCCUACCAUGCCCUCACAGGCAGUUGGGCCUGGUGGUGUUGUCUCAUCAACAUAUCCUCGUCCCUAUCUUAUGAAUCUUCAAGGCAGUACAAGUAAUGUGAUGCCUGACAGCAGAAAAUGGGGAAGUCAAAGCCUGGAUCUGAAUUCAGGCCCUGGUGGUACAGAUACAGAGCGGAGAGAUGAUAGAUUACCUUCAGGAUUGAGGCAAAUGUCUGUCCCCAAUUCACAAGCCUUGAUGGAGGAACACUUGAAGAUGUUUCAGGUGGCAGGUGCAUUGAAGAGAAAGGAACCUGAUGGUGGUUGGGAUGGAGCCGAUAGAUUCAGUUACAAGCAACCCUCAUGGCAAUAGGACCAUUGAAGAGGAGGCGAACCCCUUCUUUUGUGGAAAAUGUCAGAGAAUUGGGGAUAUUAUGAGUGUUGAGCCAUGGACAAUGAGCAGAGAUGCUACCCUUGCUGCUGAUAUACCUCUUCAUUUCUGACUUCAUAAAGCGAUCAGAGCCUCUAUGCACUUGUUUUGUAUGAAUCUGCUCCUCCCACAGAUUGUCGCUUGCAGAUAAGUUUUUCCUGUGUAGAUAUCUAACUGAAACAGCAGGUGUGAUGAUGCCGCCUAGAAUCAGAGAAGUUGGCAACCAGUGUUUUGACUGUGACUAUUCUGCAACAGCAUCAGCCCAAUCCGUUCUCGAGCAUUUGGAAGGAGAGGAUUGGAUGUAUGAACUGGCUAGACUUGAGGCCUUGUUUGGCUUCUUUAAAUGAUUUUUUUCCCCCAACUUUUGUUACAUAUAUAGCUAUUUCUGUAGUAGUCUUGACUUCCGAAUUUUGUUACUUAUCACAUUCUGGUUAUUUAUAUAUGCACAGGUUAGCCAUCAUGGCCAAUGUGUCACUUCUCUCAUUGUUAUGGUCGAGCUCUCGCAUCGUUUUCUUUUGGGUUUCAUAACUGGAAUUGGUUUCUAGUGUCCCCUCGAAUUCUUCCUUUGUUAUAAAGGCGUGGGUGGGUGCCGUAAUAUUUCUAGCGAGAACAAACAUUCAUUUGAUUAAGUUAUUCUUGCAAUAACUGGGUGUAUCUUGUGUGUUUUAUUUGAAGCUCAUGAGUUGUACUAUGUCAGCACAGCUAAGCAUCAUAUGCCAUUGCUUUGUGAUAUAGUUGACGUGAGCUCUUCUUCUAAGCAGCAAUUUCUCUGUAGCCUAGUGUGAUUUAUAAGAAAAGUCAACAAGUAGUAAUAAUGUUAAGAAAUGAACAGGGAUGGCUUCAUGUUG